AUGACCCCUCACAGUUGGAUGUUUGUGUUUGUCGUGUGCUUGUCUUUCGUUGGCAUCCGUCACUCCGUGCCUCUGGAGAAAGACGGAAGCACCCAACCCUGGACUCAAACAGGUACAGUGGCAGAGUCCUCCGAUCAAACCCCAUCUACUGUCAGUCCAACGUGGACAGCCUGGAGUACUGGAGCCAAAAUGGCCGUCGCUGCGUCCUCUCUGUCCAAUAGACUUUCAGUUUCAGACUCCACACUCAGCCCUGAGGAAACUGCGAAGACCUUAAAAACAGUGCAAGCCACCACCAUUUCUGGGUCAAAGUCAGUUUCUGGGACACAUGGUGUGAGGACGGCGGCUGAAUCAGCCGUGCAUGUACCACGGAUGGAAAUGUUUAGUUCCCUACAGACAACUGGUCAGGUGUUCCCUCCAUCUACUUCAACUGAUGGUAUACCACAAGAGAGUAAUGGAACAGAGCUCUCUGAUUGGCCACAGCGAAGCAGACAAGAAGACCCACGCUCUGUUUCGGAGUCUCCUUUCCAGGCAGCAUUGAGACCACCUCCCAACAUGGUCCCUCAAGACCGGACCACCGUGUCUCCUCCUCCGACCGUAGCCACCACACAUCUCAACUCAAACGCAGCGUCCCCUGAUCCGGAGACAGCGGAACCCACGUUUAAUACUGACCAGGAGGUCUCGAGAUCUACUGCCACUGGUCUGAGGUCAGAUAUUAGAGCAGCAACAAAUGCCACAGGUUGGGCUGGGAUUCGGACAGACCUAGUGACUGCUGUGAGCGACAGUGAGAAAGUCCCGGAGGGUUUUACUACGAGGAUGACUCCAGAGAGAACGGUCAUGGCAGAUCCCGUCACAGUGGGCAGGGAAUCUGGGCCUCAGCAGAACCGGACUGGGUCUCUAUCACAGGGAGAGCGUGACGGUCACGGUGAGUCAGACGAUGAUGGUGAUGGUCUACAGGAGGAGGAGGAAUCCGGUCCGAACACCAGGUCCACAGUAUCUUCCAUCAAAACAUCACGUACGGCUAGCCCAGGUUCAUGGUCCACUGAAGAAUGGCUUGACCUGCAACCCACAGACUCAGUCUCCUUCACGGACUGUAAUCUGUUCGCAGACGUCUCCUGGGGCCCCACUUACCCUGACAAUGACCUCUCCUCCUCUUCCACCGCAGCCGCCGACGCCCCGGCCCCGCCCCUGCUGGUUCCGCUGUGCGCGGACUGGAACGCGGCCAUGGCGACGUGGGGGUUGGCGUGGGAACUGCACACGUACGGCUCGGGCUGUGUGUUUGCUCUGGUGGCGGCGCUGUCCACGCUGUGCCUGUUGGCCCUUCCCUUCCGCUGGCCCUCCGACUGUCACCUUUACGCGCUGAUCCACGCCCUACAGCUGGUGGCGGGUUCCAGCCGAGCGCUGUUGCUUCUGUACGACCCGUACGGCCAGCGAGAGCGCCUCCCUGUGGCGUGGCUGUGGCCCCUGCAGGAGGUGCUGUACCCCUGUUUAACAGGCACCAUGGGUUUGCUCCUGCUGCUGCUCCUCUCGGCGCGGUCUAGCGGUCAGGCCGUCUCCCAGAAAACCGGGCUUCGGCGCGGCUGUGCCCUGCUGUCCGUCCUGCCGCCGCUGCUGUUGCAGGUCGUCGUGGUGACGGUCUCCGCGGUGUUGCUGCGGCUGUUCCCCGGUCUACCUGUCGUUCCUUUGAUCCCGGACGUCACCUUCUCUCUCCUCUGUCUCUUCCUGUCCCUCGUGUAUCUGCUCCUCUACUGUUACUGCCGCGCCAACGCCACGCAGGUCUACCGACUGAACGAGAGUUCGCCGGAACGCACGUCGUGCCAGGCGAACUGGUGCCCGUUUACGGAGACGGGAACGUGGGAGCGCGCGACGGGGGCCGGGGUUUUUUCGGCACUGUUCCUGUUGGCGUGUGGCGGUCUGCGGCUGUAUGCCGUGCUGCAUGCUCUCGGCGUGACCCCCGGGAGAGCGGUGGGCAUGCAGCCCUGGGCGUGGUGGAGCUACCAGCUCACCUGCAGAGUGUGUGAGAUGGGCGUGUGUGUCACCGUCUCUCUGAUCACCACACACCCCAUCCUGUGCUGCAUGGCGCCGCCGACCUUGCCCAAAACUUCGGGCUGGGGCGCUUUGUUCUCUAGGACGUCUUCCGGAGACUCCGCGUCCGCCAAACCCCACAUUCUGCCCGGCGGGCACGGCUGGCCCCUGCGCCCGGCGGAGAAGCUGGCGCUGUGUGAGAGCAUCGUCCGUCGAGAGAGCGAAAGCGUCCCCCUCUACACGCUGUCGGAGCAGCCUCUCCACGACCUCCACGGCCUGGACCUCCACUAUCCCAGCAGCCCCCGGCGGCCAACGCACUCCGCGAAGAAGUCCAGGGUGGUCUCCCAGAGGUCGUCUUACGCCAGUCUGGUCGGAGACUCGACGGUGGACCUGCGUCCGCCUUCGCCCAUCGACCUGCGUCGCAGCAUAGACGAGGCUCUGUACAGAGAAGCGCUGUUACCUCGUAGUCUUUUCUGCUCUUCCAGACUGUCUCUGACGACCCGCGGACCUCCGGACGGCCAACCCUGCCGUCGCGGUUCCGCCGAAUCCCACCUCUAUCGCACGGCUUCCUGCGGAGACAUGGAGCCCUCCUCCUCUGCCAGCUCCAGCUCUUUGUAUGGGGUCUUUCCUAAAGCCCAGGACAGACUGCCCUCAAACUGCUGCAGUGGGUUUGGACCAGGGGGUCAGUACCAGGACAACAGCCUUCCCCGGGGGGCCCAGCUGGGUCAGCUGCCCGAAAAACGUUACGCGGCGCUGGGCUCUGGGUCCAGAGAGAACCUGCCCGGGGAGAAGCAGGCUCUCUCUCAGGCGGAAGAGCUGGCCGUCCAGGUGGAGUUCAUCAACGUCUGCAGACAGAUAGAUGCCCUGAGCAUCAGCAGUGACACCAUUGACCUGUAGGAACACAACAAAACACUCCGAAGAGGGAUGAUUUACAUCCAGACAGUUUGGAGGGAGACAGAGA